AAUAAUCAGAUACAAAUUCGGCUUUAUGGGUAUGCAAAAAUAAUAUUUUUCUUUGCAACAACUUUCGUAAUAACAAUAAAACACACAGAAACAAUUGAAACACGCUUGGGAUUGUAUCUUAUCACUUCAUUUGGUUUCUUCACUUUGCAUUCGCAUUUAUAACUGUGUACCUCCGGUUUGCUAUCGUUUGCUUUACUUUUUGUUUCUUUUCUUCUGUUUAUUUUCUGUAUGAAAAAUGAAUUGAGGUAAAGUUUCGACUUUAGUUUCUCCGAAGCGAUCGGCGUGUGAAGUUGCAUAUUGACAUACUCCGAGAAAUACUUGUCUCAACCAUUUUGUUGGAACUGCAGGGAAUAUAUAAUGCCGAUUGUACAAACCGUUUUGGGCACAAUUGAACCCAACUUAUUGGGUCGCACAUUAACGCAUGAGCACAUAGCUCUCGAUUUUGAAGGUUUUCAUUGCGAACCUCCAACAGAGUUCAAAUCAGCACUGGAAAGCAAAAUAUCUAUGGAAACAUUGGGCUAUAUACGGCAAUAUCCAUAUUCAUCACUGGAAAAUGUUCGUUUUUAUGAUGAAAAUUCACGAGAUGCUGCCAAAAAGGAUGUGGCUUUAUACAAACAAUUUGGAGGUGGAACAAUCGUAGAGAAUAGCUCUCAUGGAUUGAAGAGAAAUUUGGAUUUCAUGGUUGAUGUCUCCAAAAGUACUGGUGUGCAUAUCAUAGCUGGAACUGGACAUUACAUACAUGAUGUCCAGGACAAAAAGGACACCUCACUAACAGUCGAGCAAAUGACUGAUAUUUAUUCAAAGGAGAUUAUAAAUGGUGUUGAAGUAGAUGGUGUUGGUAUGGUGAAGUGUGGUUUUAUUGGUGAGGUAGGCAGUACAUACCCUAUACAUGAUUUUGAAAAACGCGCCAUACGCGCUACCGGUGAGAUACAAGAAGUUUUAGGUUGUGGUGUUUCAUUUCACCCUGGUCGAGAUUCUGCUGCACCAUUUGAAAUAGUACGUCUUUACUUAGAAGCUGGUGGACGAGCUGAUAAGUGUGUUAUGUCGCAUCUGGAUCGAACCAUAUUUGAUAUAGAACAAUUAUUGGAAUUUUCCAAACUGGGCUGUUAUUUACAAUAUGAUCUCUUUGGCACUGAGUGCUCUUUUUAUCAGCUUAACCCAGCUGUGGAUAUGCCUUCUGAUGGCCAACGUAUAAAUAAUCUAAUAAAACUGAUUGAAGAAGGUCUAUGCGAUAAAAUUUUGAUGUCUCAUGAUAUACAUACUAAACAUCGUUUGACGUCUUAUGGUGGACACGGUUACCAUCACGUGCAUAUGAAUAUAUUGCCCAGAAUGUUUGCUAAGGGCUUGAGCUUAGAGCAAGUGGAUCAAAUGACUGUCACUAAUCCAGCCAAUUGGCUUCAAUUUAAUAUUUAAUAAUUGUCUUAUAUGGUGUUACAUUACAUUACAUUAUUUAAUUUAAUUAUUUCGUUACAAUAAAAAAGAAUAUUUCAAAUGAUCAAUUUUAAAGUAACGGCGAUGUUUAAAUUAUAUUAAUUCAAUAUAGAAACAAUAUUAAAUAAUAAUAAGACUUAACUAGUUUUUAACUGAUUGAUAAGUGAUAAGUUUUUAACUGAUUAAAAUGUAUUCUGCCUGAAGAAAUGUAUUUCCUAACUAC